AAUUUUAAAAUUUUGUUUUUUUUUUAAACAUAAUCAACAUUAUAAAUCAUCAUCAUGUUUCAAAAGAUUGGUUUCAUCUGUUUAGCAUUGAUUGCUAGUACAAAUGCAUAUUCAAAUUCUGGUUCCGGUUAUUCGAAUUAUGGAUCAUCAUCAGGUUCAUUAUCAUCGUAUGGUGGUUAUGGUUCUGGUAAUAAUGGCGAUGGUGGUGGUGGUGAUCAAAAAUCAUAUGGAUCAGCAUUAGGUGGUAUGGAACAACCACAAGUUAUCGAAGUAUCACCAGAUCAAUUACCUGUUCAGGUACAUUUUCGUACAGCAUCAAGCCGAUUGAAUGUACAACAAAGUCAUGCUGGUGGUGCUAUGCCACAAGUAGAACAUGCAUCGUUCCAAGAUGAACCACAUCGUGUUGUACAUGAAGUAGUUAAACCUGUAAUUCAAGAAGUUCGUGAAAUUAUUCAACCAUACCGUCGUGUAACACAGGAAAUACGACCAGUUAUUGAAGAAGUACAUACUGUUGUACAUAAAGGUGAAAAUCGACGACCAGGUUCCGGUUUGCAGGGUAAAGGUGGCUAUGGUAAUGGUGGUGGUGGUCAAUAUGCUAAAAGUAAAGCCGCUAAAGCCUAAAACAAAGAAUCUCUUCACAAUGAAAAUGACACUUGACGUAUGACUUUUGAACUGUGAAAAAAAAAUUCUUAAUUCUGUUCAAAUAGUUAUGAUUAACGAUUGUGACAUUUUUUUCUACUCGAUUAAUCUCUCUCUCUCAUUCUUCUACUAUCUCUAUUUGGAAUUUUUCUUCAUAAUUUUUCAUUGAAUGAAAAUCGAAACUUUGAUUCUUAAUUUCAUAAUGAUAUGAAUAUUCUCUCUCAUUUACUCAUCAUUUUCAUAUAACUCUCACAUCAUAUAUUCGAUUCAUUACAUUUCAUCAUUCAGAAAAUUUAAACAUCCUUAAACAUUCC